AUGUGGGAGAACCGCCUCAACCUCAGAAAUGCGCUGGUGGGGAAGAUCACGCUUAAAAGCAGUUGUGUGAAAACCAGAGUUACUUUAGCAUUAUACGAAGACUUUGUCCAUUACGCACGAGUCGAAAAAAGUUUCUAUGAACUCGUUGAUAGUUUUAUUAGGUUCAGAAUUGUUAUCCUUAAGUGUACCAACAUCGAAAAAAAGUCUAUCGAGGAAAACGAUCCGUACAGAAUUAAAGUAUUAUUCAUAAAUGCGUUUAAUGUAAAGUUUUGGUACAGAUUCCCUGAAUUGUAUAUAGUAGCAACCUAA